GCCUCCUUGGUUGUGGAUGGUCAGAGGCAGAAAGAUAAGGAAGCGAUACCAGAGGUGUGGUUAUCUAUAGAUAAUUCGGUAUCAACUGUCGAUUUAUCCAACUCUGUAGUGGACCAACAAAAUAAUGCUGACACUAAGUCAAUGGAAGAGAUACCAAAGGUAUCAGAUAAGGAAAUAGAUGAUUUUAUUCCCGAAGAACCGAUACCAAAGGAGAUGGAUUCUUUCUUGGAUUCGGAAAACAAGAAAAUAGUUAGUAAUCUGAUGAGAGGGGGGAAUAGGGAAAAGAAACUAUUACAGAGUAAUGAAGCUUCCGCUUCUCGAACUCAAGAGCCUCUGGUAAUGCCUCCAACAUCUUCUAAGAGGAAAGCUCAAUGCUUGAAGCAUCAAACGUUUACAGUUCGCCCGAGAUAG